AUAACAGUUAGUGGUGAAACUUCGAGAGGACAAGACGCAUUACUGUUACUAACAAUAAUUACAUCGACCUUAAAGACAAAAAUCCGUGAUAUCUUAAGUGGAACGAUGGCCAUCAUAAGAAUACUUGUUUUAAUAUCUUUUGUAGAAAUAUUAAAUGCGUCGAGGUCAACAGCACCGAUAAUAAAAACUGUGUAUCGCGGCGGAACACAUUUCGAAGGCCCCCAUUGGUCGCAAGAAGAAAAUGCGCUCUACUGGGUGGAUAUCAUCGAACAGAAAGUGCACAGAAUGGAUGCACAGACGGGAAAUGUUACAACCAAGCAAAUAGGUUACGGUCCGGUAUCUUUGGUAGUGACUGUACAAGACAACCCGGGUACAGUUCUAGUCACCGUGCGGAGUGAACUCUACCUGAUGACAUGGAAUGGACCUGCCAAUGACAGCGCUUUGAGACUUCUCAGUAUUGUCGACUUGGGUCUGCCUGAUAAUAGAUGUAAUGAUGGAAAGGUUGAUACUAGAGGAAGGCUUUGGUUUGGUACAAUGGGCAAAGAAGUAGGUACAAAUGUCGACAAAGACCAAGGCAGUUUAUACAUGGUGGACCAACACAACGCAUUAGAGCCGGCCGUGUGGGUGCGACCUGUGAGCGUGUCGAACGGCAUUGCUUGGACACGAGACAACAAAUUCAUGUUCUACAUCGACACGCCGACAAGAAAUAUUGAUGUUUUCGAUUUUAAUCUAGAAGAUGGGUCUAUACGUAACAGGAGGACUAUAUUUAGCUUUGAGGCAAAAAAUGUGACUGGUUUACCGGACGGUAUGACUAUUGACAGAGAUGGCAAUUUGUGGGUGGCAUGUUUUAACGGCGGAAAGGUCAUAAAAAUCGACCCUAGAGCAGGCAAACUACUAGAGCAACAUAAAUUUCCAGCAAGCAAGGUGACAUCAGUAGUAUGGGGUGGACAUGAUUUAGAAACAUUGUAUGUAACAACAAGUAACUUUGGACUGAAUGCUGCGGAACAUAUACAACAGCCUGAUGCAGGCUCACUAUUUGCUAUACAAGGCACAGGUGCAAAAGGAUUGCCGGAAAACCAGUUUAUAUAUCCAGGAGCUGCUGAAUAUUGAAGAAUUGUAUUAUCUUGGUCUGCCCACUGCUGGACUUGAGCCUUCCUUAAUGCCUACCACUGAAUGCAGAAUUCUUGUAUAUUAAUGUAAUAUUGCUGAAGAUAUGUAUAAAAACAAUGAUGCACUCAUUAAAAUAAUUUGAUAAUCAACUCUUAAUUGGAGCAUAAAAAAUCAAAUUAUUAAUAUGUAUUAAUGUUGGUUUCCACCAUUAAAAAUGAGAAUGGAAGGAAUAAUGUUUUUUUGUACUUUUGAGCGCUGUGAAAUCCCAGUUAUAAAAUCAUAUAGUUUUUAUAUACUUUAUAUAAAACUAUUUUUGUAAACUC